GGGGUCCUCGCGCGCGUCCCACGUGGCCCGAGCGGAGUUGCGGUCGGGGUUCGCGAGGUGCAGACGCGCUCCGCUUGCCAGCGUGUGGCCGCGCCUCCUCGCCAGCCAUGGCAGCCACCGACGGAGUGCUCCUGCAGCUUUCCGCCGCCCCCGGGACGUCCUCCAGACCCCGCGCGGCCCAGGCGAGGCGGCAAGCACAGGCCACGAAAAGAAAACGCCAGGCGUCCAGGCAGGCUCCCCCAGCAAAACGGAGGAAUGAGGCGUCCUCUCUCCCAGCCAAGAAAACCGCUGUUAAAGAGACGCCAAGGACUUUGAAGGGAAAAGCAAAGAAGGUGUUUUCGCCAAAGAAGUCUUCAGCCAGUUCGAGUGGUAGAAACCAGGAGCAGAAGCCGGGCGUCAAGACCUCAUCGUUGUUUAAAAACAACCCUGAGAUCCCUCAGCUCCGCAGACCCUUGGUCAAGCAGAUGCAAGAAAAUGUGUUUUCUUCAGAAGCUUUUCACGAGCUGGACCUCCACCCGCAUUUGAUUUCCACAAUCAAUGCGGUCUUGAACAUAUCUCAUAUGACCAGCGUUCAGAAGCAGAGCAUUCCCAUGUUGCUGGAAGGCAGAGAUGCUCUCGUGAGAUCCCAGACCGGCUCAGGUAAAACUCUUGCCUAUUGCAUCCCGGUGGUCCAGUCCCUUCAAGCGAUGAAAACAAAGAUACAGCGCAGCGACGGCCCCUACGCUCUGGUGCUCGUGCCCACGAGGGAGCUGGCUCUACAAAGCUUCGACACUUUCCAGAAACUGCUCAAGCCAUUUACCUGGAUUGUGCCUGGAGUGCUCAUGGGCGGAGAGAAGAAGAAGUCCGAAAAGGCCAGACUCCGCAAAGGGAUAAACAUCCUCAUCUCCACUCCUGGACGCCUGGUGGAUCAUAUAAAAUCCACAAAGAGCAUCCAUUUCAGUCGGAUCCAGUGGCUGGUUCUGGAUGAAGCCGACAGAAUCUUGGACCUGGGUUUUGAGAAAGACAUCACAGUGAUACUCAACGCCAUUAAUGCUGAGAGCCAGAAGCGGCAGAACGUCCUGCUGUCGGCGACUCUCACCGAAGGUGUGGCACGGCUCGCUGAUAUCAGUUUGCACAACCCAGUCAGUAUUUCUGUCCUGGAUGAGAGCCACGGUCCGUCUAGCCCAGAGGACUAUGCAGGUCUGGAGUUGUGUGCCCCACAGCCUAGUGACGAGCUGGACGGCUUUGCCAUUCCGGAGGGUCUCGACCAGUAUGUGACAUUGGUUCCCAGCAAACUGAGGCUGGUCUGCCUGGCGGCCUUCCUCCUGCAGAAGUGCAAGUUUGAAGCCGACCAGAAGGUGAUCGUCUUCUUCUCGAGCUGCGAACUGGUGGAGUUCCACUACCACCUCUUCCUGCAGACCCUGCUGAGCAGCCCCGAGGUCCCGGUCCCCGGGCAGGUGCCGUCUGGCUGCACGCGGUUCAGAUUUCUGCGUCUUCAUGGCAGCAUGGACCAGGAGGAGAGAACGGCAGUGUUUCAGGAGUUCGCACGUUCCGGCACAGGCGUCCUUUUCUGCACGGAUGUUGCAGCUCGGGGCUUAGAUCUCCCUCAAGUCACAUGGAUUGUUCAGUACAACGCUCCGUCUUCACCAGCUGAGUACAUCCACCGCGUCGGGAGAACCGCCCGCAUUGGCUGUCGCGGGAGCAGCCUGCUCGUCUUGGCGCCUUCGGAGGCAGAAUAUGUCAACUCGCUGGCUUCUCACAAAAUCAACGUUUCUGAGAUGAAGAUGGAAGCUAUUUUGUCUGUUCUGACAAGCCACGACUGUCUUAAAGGGAGACGACGGGGAAGCCAGAAAUCCCAGGCCGUUGGCCCCCAGGAAAUCCAGGAGCGAGCCACGGUCCUGCAGACAGUGUUUGAAGAUUACGUGCACUCCAGCGAGAAGACGGUCUCCUGGGCGAAGAGAGCCCUGCAGUCCUUCAUCCGUGCCUACACCACCUACCCGCAGGAGCUGAAGCACAUCUUCCACGUCCGCGCGCUGCACCUCGGCCACGUGGCCAAGAGCUUUGGGCUGAGGGACGCCCCCAGAAAGCUCAGCGGCCCGGCGGUGAAGAAGAGGAAAGCAGCCGUGAGAAGGUUUUGCAGUCAGUCGUCACCAGGACCUGCCCUUCCCUCCACACAGCCUCCCAGCAGCACGGGGCAGGGGCCACUGCUCCCAGAACAGACCCUCUCUGCCAGAGCCCCUGAGAAGGAGCUGGAGUGAUGGGCCACUCGCCCAUUCCACGCUCAGUCUUGCUUCCGUCCUGGUGUCUGAGACUCGCGUGCUGGGACCACUUCUCCACUGCGAACAGCAGUGGAGGUGAUGCUGCCUUUGGUGAAAGUGGUCCCAGUCCACGUGACAGCGUGUCAGCUGUGCGACGUCCGCCUGUCCCCGUUAAGGGCAGCCAGCGCUCCGUGGGCACCCUUGCAGCAGGCACCGUGGUAAGUGCUUUGAUUCGCUGGUUCACUUAGUCCUUUUGUGAGAGAGUCAGCUGGACGGAGAAACAGGCCCCGCCACACCGGGAGACCUCAUGGGACAGUGCCCGGACCCUCGCCUGGGCCAGCUCUGCACGGCGAGCCUGAGCCCGGCCAUACGUCCCCCACUGCUCCUGGUUCACCGUCUGUCGGCAGAAGCAUUGUCUCUCAGACCAGGCUUUUUUCAAAAUCAGGCUCAUUAAACUACCCACACUUGGGCAGGGACCGCCCAGCAGAGAGUCUCACAGCUGAUGGUGACGGCAGGGCUCAGGGCCACCACUGAUGUGUGUGCGCACUGGCCGGGCGCUCGGCCGUGCAGAGCUGCGCCACCUCCCGUCCUCCGCCAUCAUGGCGGCAUCCCCAUGGCAGGCUGGGCUCGCACCCGGCCCCAGGUCGCAGCUGCUCGCCUGGUUGCCCCUGGGUCCUCCCCUGGCUCGGGGCGACACUCACCGUCUAAAUACCCAUUUGCACACCUGGUGAUCCAAACCACUCGCCUGCUGGGGCCCGAGGGCAAGACCUGUGCAUGCCCCAGGUCAGUUCCAUCUUGUAGCCGAGGCCCAGACAGAGGUCACCCAGCAUGUCAGCUGUCCCAGCAGGCUUUCCAUCUGCAGAUGUGGUGGUUGAUAAUCCCAGCGGGCAGGGCAGGCUGGGGGCUGAGCACUGGGGCUUGGUGCUGGAAUUCAUUCGCAGCCCACCAGUCUCAUUUGCCUUCCUAGGGUGUGGCCAGCCAGGUUACAAACACACCAAGUUGUUUCCACGGGCCCCUGGACUCCCCCCGCCUGACGGCAUUCCGUAGUGUACUCACACUACAAACGCACAUUCCGGUUGGUUUACCUUUACAGGAGCCUGCACUUGUGAGGGGACAAGGCCCCCAGUGGGGUAGGGCGGGGCAGAGCUGGGAUUCCAGCCAGGCGCUUCCAAGUUCCUUCUCUGCCCUUCCCAGCUCGGCCAUCUGCUGUUGACGUCCAUGCCCGAGUCCCCACAGAACUUCUGGGGAAGUCUCGGCACUUGGGCCACGUGAUCUCAAAGUCCUAGCUGAGGCUGGAAUCCCCCCCCCCCCCCCAGCCCUCGGCCCCCUGAGUGCACGCCCUGGAGCAGCAGACUCACGCGCUGCGGCUGUCACAGGCCCAUUCUGGGCACAAGGCGGACCCUGCUCCUUGCUGGUCUCCGUCCACCGGCCUCUCCUGGGCGUUGUGCCGUGGCUUCCUCCCCAGAGCGGGGUGUGUUCUGGGGCUCUGCCAGUUUUUCAAAAGCUGCACUUGGUUUGAUCCUAAGAAAUCACCAGAAGGCGUCCCUAAAGCAGCUGGCCUGCCUGCCACAUCCCUGCCAAACAGAGUCCAGAGCCUGUGAAGCGGUGUCCAUCCAGUCGCUCCCCUUCAGUGACCAGAAGGCGCUGUAGCCGCCACCCUUUGGUGGCUGAGUUACCUUCGCACGCUGGCUGACCCCGCACCUCAGCUGCAUGGUCACACCAGGGGGACUGCUUGUCAGCUUCUCCCUGGAGCCGUUGGCCGCUCUGAGGCCCACCAAAGCCUUGCACAGACGCUGCUGCCUCCUCUCCGCCUGAAAGCGCGGGGCAGGAGCUCCGGGGCCAGGGCAGAGCCGCCCUGGCUGCAGGGGUGAAGGCCCUUUCCCAGGCCGCCUCCUGUUUGUCUGUUGUGCUCACACCACAAGGAAAAGAACCCCUCACAAGGUCUAAUAAACUGGAAGGUAAAAGCAAAGAGGUUUUGAUAAGUAAAUAUUAAAAUGCUUCAUCAUUGCAGCAUAAAGCAAAAGUCUACCUUUUAAUUCUAUUUUCCUAAAUGAAUAUACUGUUUUCUGAUUAUGAAAAUAACACAUUUGUUGCAAAAACUCAGAAAAUAGAGAAAAGGCUUAAAGAUCACUCAGAAGCCCACCAUCCAAGCCGACCCCGGCGCACGCUCCCCGCGCCCUCGGACGCGGUGUGUGUGCGCGUGCACGGGUCUCCGUGCGUGUGUGUGGAGAGCGGACGGGUCGUGGUCUCUACGGCUGGUUUUUACAUUUUGUUGUUAUAGUUGUUGUUUUUAUUUCUCCAACUAUUACAGUUAAGACACACUUUCUCAGGGGUCCCAAAACUGACAUUCAAGAUGACGUGAACAUUGUCUUUGUGUUAAAAAUACUUCACGCAAGGAGCUCGCUCCUUGCUGCGAUGAGAACUUGCAGCUCAGUGGUGAGGUAGGCAAGCUGUGGGCUCACAUCCCAGCUCCUCUGUGACCGUGUGCAACCCCGCACGUGCCACCUGGCCCCUCUGAGCCCAUCCCUGCCACAGCGGGGUGGGGACGCUGGUGGCACCUGCCCCCGGCUUGGGGAAGGAGAAGGGUUGAGCGCCUGUCGAGUCCUCAUAGCAGGUCCUGACGUGCACUAAGUUAUUGGAGUCGCGCAGCCAGUUCGAAUGGCUUUGCUCUGACCUGUUUUCUAUCCACGUUGGUUUCAGUGCUGUUCUACUGUGUUUGGUGGGGCCCUUCCACGUUGGCCGUCGGGAGUCCUCCCAGCCUCUGCCCGCAGGGGGCGCUGGGAGUCUGAAGGGCUGUCCGUAGGUGCAUAUGGAGUCCUUGGGGGAGACCUACUGCUCGGUGACUGUCUGAGUAACUUUCGGGAAGAAAUAGUGAAAUUCCCCACAUCCUGCUGUAAACUAAAAUAGAAUGCAGGUGAAAUUAAAGCAAUAGCAGACUCGAUUAUUUUCUAAGUGCUCCAGGGCGCAGGUGGCAAACACAGUGCCCGUGGGCUGAAUCCAGCCGGGCGCCUUGUUUCCACCCGGCGGCAGCGCCGAGCUCUUGCUCAACUCUUUACAGAGUAGCUACAUGUGGACAGUCCUAAGUCACCUUUGGCCCUUUGAAGGCAGCCGCCAGGCUGAUGGGCCGCCAGUGAAAAUGAGUUUGAUACCCCUUCUCUACAAUGUGGGAGACGCUUCUAAAUAUGACCCUAAAACAUAAAAAGAUACCCUUAGACUUAACAAUACGUAAAUAAGACAAGACAAAAUAAAACAUUUUGUCCUGCCAAAGAAUGCCAUUACCCUGAGCCCAUACUGGAAUGCCUUUCUGCCGGGCACCCCAAAUCUAUCGGCGAUGUUGCAGGGAGGCCCUGUCUCCAGCGGCUGUCCCGGUGGGCACAUGAAUGUGCUAACCAGGCUGCGAGCCCCCUCCCCCGGCGGUGGGAGCGUCUGCCUGCCCAGCUGGGUGACCCGGCACGCCAGCUGAGGGGUGCUCCGCCUUGCUGCCAGGGACUCCCUGUGGCUGGGUAAGCCGGGCUGCUGCCUGGGGACUCCGGGCGGGUGCGUGCUCAGAAAGCCCGCUGGACAGGGUCUGGGUGUUCAGAGGGUGAGGAGGGCAGGGAAGCCGGCAGGUUCCCGGGAGAACCACAGCCUGGCGGGAGGCGUUGCGCCCACACACACCCAUCGUGUGCUUGGGUUUAGAGCGUUUCAUCUUCCAUCUGGACUUGGCCUUCUCAGCACUGGGCCUGAGAACAAAGGAGAGGAGGCAGUGUGCUGGCCGAGGGAAGGCAAGUCCCGUGGGGUGGCUGCCACGCCAGCAGGGUUGACCCCGAGGCUUGCCCCCGAAAGGGUCUGGGUCCCGCAUUGAAAGUACUGUUGACCUUGAACAACCCAGGCUGGGACGGCAGGGCUGUGUUUUCCAUCCACAGCUGGGAACUGGCGAAUGUGGUGGCCAGCGUCCGAGCCCCGCGCUCUUCAAGGGCCGACUGCAUCGACUAGAAUGAAGUUACACGCUGCUCUGGGGCUUCGAGGUCAUAACCUCCAGGCAAGCAGGGCCGUCUCCGAGACCUGCUGUCUGACACAUCUGCUACCAAUGUGGACCGAAAGGUCCUCACGAGCCAUUCCUGGGCACUGCUGGUCCACCUCCGACCACCGUCCCACCCAGCAGAAGUGGGGGGCAUGUGUGACAAUCUGUCCGUCUCCGGGACCCCCCAGUCUGAGCCAGCCUCUGCCUGCUCUGUGCACAAUCUCUGUUUCAGCCUUCACCCCCCGUGAGAUUCUGGGGACUGACUCUGGGUUGGCUGUGACAGGAGCAGUCGCUGAAGUGAGUGGCGGAGCUCAUGCCGGGGAGGCUAUUUUGACUGAAAUUUUGCAUAUUUUGAAACUGGUUGUUACAUGUAAAAUUAUAUGCAUUGUGAGUACCGGGUUCAAAUGAGGGGGAAGAAAAGCGCUCCUUCCUGUCACAGCCCCUUCACUCAGUCUGUCAUGUAAUCUGACUAAAAAUAAACCACGAGGCAGAACUGGCAGCCUGCAGUUCGGGACAAGUUCAGCACUCAGCUGGCGGCCCGUCUCCUGCCACUGCCGCUGCCAAACCACCCAGCUACCCCCGGAGGCGGGGCCUUCGCCCGGGACACGGGCACAGCCCUGCGGGGCAGGUCCUGGUCCUGGGAUUUAGAGCCAUGGCCCUGCGGGAACAGGUGAUGGAUCAAGACGGGCCUCGGAGCCAGUCUGGUCCCCGAGUGGCCUCGGGAGCAUCGCGUGGCAUCUCUGAACCUCAGUUCCCUUCGUUUUGACUGAGACCGACCGCCGUCCACUGGCCAGCCGCCAGCCAACCCCUGUGUCUGUCUGUACUGAACCCUGCCAAGGCCUGUGAGCAGUGUGGUGAGCACCGCCCCGUUUUUCCACGGGGCCACUGAAAAGACGGGCACGUGCUCAGUGUGAGCUCUUGUCCGACAGCCAGGUUCCAAUCCCCACAUCUGUGUCACCACCUUCCCCUGUCAUCCAUCCCCUGUCCCGCCAGAACAGUCCAGUGUGACCACAGAUGCCCCUCCGUGUCACCAAAGGUGUGCUGGGCCUCGCUGUCAUGCCCGGCCGUCUGAGCUGCCCUGGCGUGGCCGCAGGCGGGACCGAGGUCUCUGAGCCUGUCUGACUUGUUCACAUCUUGGCCCUUGCACUUGCCGUGCCCGCAUCAGGCCUCAGUUUCUCUGACGUGCGAGUGCCCGCCUGCCCGCCUCGGGGGGCACAGAUCAUGUGAGACAUUGCAGGGCCCAAAGGUGCCUCCAGGCCCUGCCAGCCUUGCCGAGUCCGGCCCGCGCACACGCGUGGUUCAGGUUCCUGGACCUUCCGUGUUGGGUCCUGAUCAUCCCUCCGCUUCCGCGUCCCUCUUCCCCCAGGCGGGGUGGCUGCGCAGGCCUCCCUGUGUGUGGUGGCGAUGGGAACCAUUGUCCGGCUGGUGCAGGUCUCAUGUGGAGUGUGGCUGAGACCAGGCGGGCCCGUCCAACCUGGUGUCAGUGCCGUCACGGCGUGGUGCAGCCUCCGUUUUGUCCCAGUGGUCCAUCUGUCUGUGAUUUGGAGGUUUUAAGGGAGUUCUGUUACAUUUGUGUUGACCACUGUUUUAGUCUGACUUCACCUCCGAUUAUUAUGGCAAAGAAAACGUUGCAGGUACAUACCUGGCCAAAGGCCGACAUCUGCCUCCUGCAAGAACCCCAAGAGGCUGUCACCCGAAGACACUGCCACCUUGUUGCUGAGGAGGUGGCAGUGUUGCUGCACGGGUUUGGUGGCCGUGGCGCUGCGGCCACUUUGGUUGAAAUCCUGUCUUUGAAACGUUGCUCUCCAAUUUGCAUAAUAAUUCCUCCUGUGUCUGACUGAACUAGAAAUGUCCCCUCUGACCUUGUGAUCAAAUGGUAAGGUCUUUUGAAGACAGUUGCAGGCACACCUUGUGUGACUGGGCUGGGCCUCAAGGAGCUUCGCAGAUGCGUGUCUUCCAUGUUGAAGGCCAGACCCUCAGGCGGCAACAGACUGAGACUCAUUUUGUUGCAGUGACCUGGAACCAAGCCCAAAAUACCCUGGUCUGCGGGCCCCGGGGCCGUCUGCUGCCCACACCCCGGGUUCAGGCGUUCUGGGUCAGAGUUAUUUCUGAGAGUCUCUUCAGUCAGUCGAGAGGUGUCUGUGCCUGGGACAGGUCCCCCAGCCCUUGCUCUCCGGCCCCUGCUGGCAGGCCAUGGCUCAGUCCCUAGGAGGUGGCCCUGCGCUUUGAACUGCGAGAGGCGGGAGUGCUGCCAGCCGCUUUCCCUGCGGGACAUGCUUGGGUUUCAGGGUGGGUUCCCCCCGUCCUUCAGCGAACGGCUGCAUCACACACCUCAUUUGCCAUCAGUGGUGUGUAUGUCGUUCCUUUUUCCGGUGAAAACAACAUAGAACAAAGCCUCACUUUUAAAAAUGCCAUGGUAUUUUGCCACCAUUAUGAAAAUCUGUCAUUGCCGUAUCUAAUCUUCUGGUGCAUAGAAUAUCAAAACAAGCACCAUCGAAGGGAUUGUACUUCUUGCACAAAAAUGUCAGUCCCGCAGUCUCGGCACCAGCUGCUCUCAGCCUCUUUCCAAGCGCAAAAGAAAAAUAAUAGUGUCUCUCCCCUCUGCCGUUCCGU